UUCUAAGUAGAAUGAUGAAUUAAAAGUCAUAUCUCGAAUCCUAACGUUCGUCCAAUCCAGAGUCUAAUAUACAAAGCAUGCGUGAUGCUUUCGCGGAGACCGCUUAGUAGUGGGAGCCGGAGCCGGAGCCAGAUCCAGAGCCGGAAGCACCGCCUCCAACAGAGCCAGAGGCACCACCGGAAGCACCACCUCCAACUGAGCCUGAGCCACCAGCGCCGGCACCAGCACCACCGCCGACAGAUCCAGAGGCACCGCCACCGACAGAGCCGCCAACACCAGCACCAGCGUUACCACCAGCACCGGCACCAACGCCAGCACCGCCGUGAGCACCACCUCCAACAGAGCCACCAACACCGGCACCAGCGUUACCACCAGCACCGACGCCAGCACCACCGUGGGCACCGCCGCCAACAGAGCCACCGACACCGGCACCACCACCGACGGAACCACCAACACCGGCACCAGCACCACCGUGGGCACCGCCGCCAACAGAGCCACCGACACCGGCACCACCACCGACAGAGCCACCGACACCAGCUCCAGCACCUCCGUUAGCGCCACCUCCGACAGAGCCGGAAGCACCACCUCCAACAGAGCCACCGACACCAGCUCC